AUGCAGAGCAUCCAUGCCAACAAGAAGGAGCCAGGCACCACGAAGCGCACGCGCGGAUGGGGAUGGGAGAGGCCAGUAGAAGGCGAUGAGGAGCCAGCGGAGGAGGACAAGAUCGAGCCUGGUCCAACGGUGCCUCCGGGUAAUGGAAAGAAGCAGGCGAGGACUGGGUUGGUGGGAGAUGGAAUAGCGACGUUGGAGCCAGGUGGCCAAACUUCUUCUCGCCGUUUCUGGACUGUCUGGGACCCACUCGGACCCAUGAGCAAGCAGGAGCAUGAGGAGGUGGUAACACUGAUGGCCCGGGAUCGAGAGCGCCAGCAGCGGACUGACGAAGAAGCUGCGGGGGUGCUGGGUUUGACGAAGGACGAGAUCUGGGAGGCUCGGAUCUUGGCCAAUCUCUACGAACGCCCGGAUGGCGAGGCGGAUAAGGCAGAGGGACCUGAGUAG